AUGGCGACAUUGCAAGUGGAACGGGAGGAAAUCCAGGAUGAGCUCCACAUCGAGGUGCUCCCUGGUACUGAGAUUAUGGCUGAUGUUGGUAAACACCACUUCAUCAAGAGCGAACACUCCCAUCGGGUCCUUGUUCCCCAGCCAUCUCAGGAUCCUCACGACCCCCUCAACUGGAAACCCAUGUGGAAACUGUCGACCAUCAUUACCGUGUCAACCAUGACUUUCACCCAGGGAUUUGCCCCGCUGGCUCUCGCACCCAUGAUUCCCUACCUUAUGGCCGAUUACAAAAGCUCUCUCGGGGAUAUCAUUCAGUUCACCGGCAUCACAAUCCUAAUCCUUGGAUUCAGCAACUUUAUCUGGGCUCCGAUAUCUACCUCGUUUGGCCGACGCCCAGUGCUCAUUGCGUCUCAGUUGGCAUGUUUGGCAUCUCAUAUCAUCCGCGCGAGAGCUACCUCGUACGGCGUCUUCAUGGGUGCUUGUGUUCUCAAUGGUCUUGGAGCCGGUCCGAGCGAGAUCCUCCAACCUGCCGUUAUAUCAGAUAUUUACUUCCUCCAUGAUCGCGGCACCUGGAACACUCUGUACUGGGUUGUUUACAUGGGCUCCUUGAUGGUUGCCCCAAUCAUUUCCGGCGCUAUGGCUGAUCACAUCGGCUGGCAGAACUUCUGGUGGCUCAAUGUGGCUAUGACAGGGGUGUCUAUUCUCCUGGGCAUUUUCUGUUUUCCAGAAACCAGAUGGAGUCGAGUCGAAGCCGGCCAAACGGACGCCGUUGCGAGUGAUACAUCUGUUAAAGGCACUGGCCAGCACAGUGAAAACUCUGCUACCGAUAACAACCCAGAGAAGCUAUCUGCUACAAACGACCAUCCUACACAGCAACGUGCGACAGACGUAGAUCCCUACUUGGGUAGAGGAACGCCCUCUAAGCAGCAAUGGUGGUUAUUUCAGCCCAACGCACACCCCUUCAAGACCAUCUUGUUCGAUCUUUGGACUCCUUGGAGAUUAUUCGUGUUUCCGAUCGUCUUGUUCGCCUCCUUCGUCGUUAGCUGGAGCUGCAGCAACUUUUUGAUCUUGAAUCUCACCCAGUCUCAAGUCUUUGCAGCUCCCCCAUACAAUAUGAGUUCCCAGUCGAUUGGUUUCCUGAACUUUGCAGUUCUCGUUGGUGCGUUGAUCGGUCUCGUCACCGCCGGUCCUCUGGGUGACUGGAUCUCUGCACGAGCAACAACCCGAAACGGCGGUAUUCGAGAGCCAGAAAUGCGUCUCCCUGCUAUGAUCCCCUAUGUUCUUAUCAUGAUAUUGGGAAAUGUCGUUACUUCCUUGGGAUACGAGAAAAAGUGGCCAUGGCCUGUUAUUGUGGUCAUUGGUUACUCUUGUGCUGGCAUCCAGGUGGCUGCUCUGCCAAGUAUUGCUAGUACCUACGCUGUUGACAGCUAUAAGCCAGUCGCAGGUCCUCUUUUCGUGGCCAUUACUGUCAACAAGAAUCUGUGGGGUUACGGAAUGGGCAAGUUCAUCACUCCGUGGACAAUCAAAUCAGGGUUCUUGCCGGUCUUCAUGACCAAUAUGGGACUCACGGUUCUUUGGUGUGUUUCUGGAGUCCUCUUCUAUUAUUACGGGAAGAGCUUCAGGAGAUGGACUAAGAAUAGUAAUGUUCACCAGAUGUAA